AUGAGAAACUAUCUAUCUGGUACCAAAUCGGAUUUGGUUAAGGCACAAGAGCAAACAGAGGAGAUCUCUGUUGCUUCUUUACAGGAUCUUUUGACCUUCCGAUGUCCUCCAGUUUCCUCAGUCUCUCUGGUCUCUCCAGUAACUGCUCAGGAAAUCUAUGAGGCGCUUCUUUCUCUGCCUAAUGACAAGGUGUCGGGACCGGAUGGGUUUACUAAAGAGUUCUAUGUGGCAGCUUGGAAAGUGAUAGGACAGGACUUCAUCACAGCUAUCCAGUCCUUCUUCCUAUUUGGGUUCCUCCCGUCUGGUAUCAAUGCGACAAUACUCUCUCUUAUUCCGAAGACUGAGAAUGCUGAGAAAAUGAAAGAUUUCCGCCCCAUUGCCUGUUGUAACCUUCUGUAUAAGGUAAUCUCCAAGGUACUUGCAAACAGAUUACGAAUUAUUUUUCCGGACGCCAUUGAACCUAAUCAGAGUGCCUUCAUUACCGGUAGACUGCUCCUUGAAAAUGUGUUACUAGCUUCAGAGUUGGUCAAUGGCUAUCAUAAGUCUGCUGCUACGCAAAGAAGUGCUAUCAAAUUUGAUAUCUCCAAGGCUUUUGAUACAGUCAAAUGGUCCUUUAUAACUUCUGUGUUAAAAGCUAUGGGUCUGCCGGUUCAAUUUGUGCAUUGGAUUGGUCUAUGCAUCUCCACUGCAGCAUUUUCCAUCUCAGUUAAUGGUAGUCUGGAGGGCUUCUUUACCAGUGCUAGAGGUAUCAGACAGGGGUGCUCACUUUCUCCCUAUCUCUACGUCAUUCUUAGUAAUGUUCUGUCCAAGCUUCUCAAUAAGGCAGCAGCGGCAGGAGAGUUUCAGUAUCAUCCUCACUGUCAGGGAGUAGAAUUGACACAUCUAAGCUUUGCAGAUGAUAUAGUAGUGUUCACUGAUGGAUCAGUUGAUUCACUAAGAGGUGUAAUGGAGGUGAUGAGUGAUUUUGCCGCGAUGUCAGGACUCCAUAUCAACGCGUCAAAAUCUACUAUUUUUGCCGCAGGCCCAGCCUUGGACACACUUUUAGAGGAAGCUACAGCUAUGGGAAUCAGUGCAGGCACGCUCCCAGUCCGUUAUUUGGGUUUGCCGCUGACGACUAAAUCUCUCACUCCGAUCGAUUAUGAACCGUUGAUCGAUAAGCAUUCAUUCUGCCAGCCAAGUGCCUCGAUACUAUUGAAAGUAUGUGCUGCGCUUUUCUUUAGUCUGGAUCUCCCAACCAAACACAUAAGGCGAAGGUUAGCUGGGCAGAACUAUGUUAUCCCAAAGAAGAGGGUGGGUAGUUCCUUCUGGGAUGUAAGGGAUACACAGAAAGGGUCUUGGAUGUGGAGGAAACUCCUCAAACUUCGAGAUACUGCCUAUAAUUUUCUCAAGUUUGAGGUCAAGGAUGGUAAAUCAACUUACUUCUGGUUUGAUAAUUGGCUAGAUAAGGGACGCUUGAUUGAUAUCACGGGUGCAGCUGGUACCACCUACAUUGGUCUACCUUGGCGAGCUACUGUUAGCGAAGCGGUUAAACAGAAUGAAUGGGCACUACGAGGACAGCAGAGUCGACACUAUCAUGAUCUUCAUGCUGCCAUCAUAGCUGAACCAGUCCCUGAUGCUCAGUAUGGACGAGAUGUGGUCUUAUGGAAAGCUGGAGAUGAUGAUUAUCAUGAGAACUUCUCUUCCAAGAAGACGUGGGACCAAAUUCGAGUGAAAAAGGGGCCAGUGGGAUGGAGUAAGGGUUGUACGUUGUGUGGCGAGGUUGAUGAGACAAGGGACCAUUUGUUCUUUGCAUGCCCAUACUCUUAUACGGUUUGGCAUGGACUGGCAAAUCGUAUCAUGGGUUCUCAUACUGAUCCGGACUGGCAGCUCACACUAGACUACAUGGAGGGGUUCCGAGAUGGGUCAAUGGAUACUAUUCUUAUCAAAAUGUUGUUUCAAACAACUAUUUAUCAUAUCUGGAGGGAACGGAAUGCGCGGAGGCACCACACCAGUUGGAUGACAGCAGAAGCUAUGAGCAAGACAGUAGACAAAGCGAUAAGGAAUCGCAUUUCAUCGCUUAAGUACAAAGCAGGGCAUAAGCUUGAGGGGCUUAUGCGACGGUGGUUCACUCACACUAUGUAG